AUGUCACACCUCCCAUAUUACGCAUACCCCGGCAAAGGCGAGUCAGCCAGGGAAAACACCAGAUACAGUCAGUCAGUUCGUGUCGGUGAUCGUAUCGAGUGCGCAGGCCAAGGUGGAUGGGAUCCCAUGACCAGACUCAUACCCGCAGACAUCGACGCUCAGAUCGACCAAGCUUUCCAAAAUGUGGAGCUCGCUCUGAAAACCGCUGGCGGGAAGGGCUGGUCGCAGGUGUUUCGCGUGAACUCUUACCAUAUUCCAAUGGACAAUGAGGCGUUGGGAGCUAUGGUGCGGAACUUCAAGAUGUGGAUGCCUGAUCAUGAGCCUAUCUGGACUUGUGUUGGCGUUGUGAAAUUGGGCGAGGAUGCUAUGAAGGUGGAGAUUGAGGUGUCGGCUCAUGAUCCUCAAUAG